AUGUCUCAAGAAGGUGUGGAGCUGGAGAAAAGCGUCCGGCGCCUCCGGGAGAAGUUUCAUGGAAAGGUAUCCUCCAAGAAGGCGGGGACUCUGAUGAGGAAAUUUGGCAGCGACCACACUGGAGUGGGGCGCUCCAUCGUGUAUGGGGUAAAGCAGAAGGAUGGACAGGAACUGAGUAAUGAUCUGGAUACCCAGGACCCCCCAGAGGACAUGAAGCAGGACCGAGACAUCCAGGCGGUGGCGACAUCCCUCCUGCCGCUGACAGAAGACAACCUACGCAUGUUCCAGCGUGCCCAGGAAGACCUCAUCCCUGCAGUGGACCGGCAGUUUGCCUGCUCCUCCUGUGACCAUGUCUGGUGGCGUCGCGUGCCUCAGCGGAAGGAGGUGUCCAGAUGCAGGAAAUGCCGGAAGCGCUAUGAUCCGGUGCCCAGUGACAAGAUGUGGGGCGUGGCUGAAUUCCACUGCCCGAAAUGUCGGCACAACUUCCGGGGCUGGGCACAGAUGGGGUCCCGGUCCCCCUGCUACGGGUGCGGCUUCCCUGUGUAUCCGACACGGAUCCUCCCUCCGCGCUGGGAUCGCGACCCGGAUCGCCGCAGCUCCCACACCCACUCCUGCUCCGCUGAGGACUGCUACAAUCGGAGAGAGCCCCACGUGCCUGGGACGUCCUGUGCACACCCCAAGAGCCGAAAGCAGAACCACCUGCCCAAAGUCCUGCACCCCAGCAACCUCCACAUCAGCAGUGGCUCCACUGUGGCCACCUGCCUGAGCCAGGAGGGCCUCCUGGAAGACCUGGACAACCUCAUUCUGGAGGACCUGAAGGAGGAGGAGGAGGAAGAGGAGGAGGAGGAGGAGGGCGGGCACGGGGAGUGA